AUGCUGAAGGACCUCAUCGCAACGGACACGGUGGCACCGGAAAAGUGUGCCGGAUGUGGCGCUCCCAUCAGAGACCGAUACUACCUCCUUGUGGCGGACCGAGCCUGGCACAACCAGUGCCUGCGGUGCUGCAAAUGUCUGCACAACCUCGAAGCGGAACUGAGCUGUUACGCGCGCGACGGAAACAUCUACUGCAAGGACGAUUACUACAGGCACUUCUCCGUCCGGCGGUGCGCCCGAUGCGGAACCGGCAUCAGCGCGUCCGAUCUCGUGAUGCGAGCGAAGGACCUCAUCUUCCACGUGAACUGCUUCUCCUGCCUCAUCUGUGGCCAGCUUCUACGCGGUGGCGACACCGCCGGCAUCCGAGAUGGGCGCGUUUUCUGCGGUGACCACUACGAAUCCGAGGUGUUGAGUGAACCCGAAACCAUUUCACCGCAGUUUUUCCCCGUAACAUCGGCGGGUGGACUCGCCCCGGGCCAACCCACCUCCCAGAAGGGACGCCCUCGGAAGCGCAAACUGGCCACUCCCCAGCCAGUACCGGGUCCUCCUGGCCUGCUUGACCCCAGCGUUCAGCAUCCUGCCUGUGCCGGUCAAACCCAGCCAUCGCAGCUACAACCGCAACAACAGCAGCAGCAGACAACGCCACCGCAACCGCUCGAGGCGCUCGAUACGCCCCUGCGUCUAGACCUACUGCACAAGGAGCUGAGCGUUAACAGUUUGGAUCUGUGCACGUACGACGGCAGCCAAUCGCCCGGGUCCGGUGGUGCUCUCACACCAAACUGCCGCACGAAGCGCAUGAGGACCUCGUUCAAGCACCACCAGCUGCGCACGAUGAAGUCGUACUUCGCCAUCAAUCAGAACCCGGACGCGAAGGACCUCAAGCAGCUGGCCCAGAAGACCGGCCUGUCGAAGCGCGUGCUGCAGGUUUGGUUUCAGAACGCACGCGCCAAGUGGCGCCGGAACGUGAUGCGGCAGGACGUUGGCAUGGGAAAUCCGGGCCAAACGAUGGGCGGCCUACCAUCGAUCGGGGCCAUCGCGCUCCACCACCACAGUGCCAACGGUCCGACCGGUCCAAACGACCCCGGUAGCCUCGGUGACCUCUCGUCAACGCAGGUCCUCGAGGAGAUGCACAACAUGACGUUCGCCGAGCUGUACUGA